UCCAGCCGAGCCCCGCCGAGCCGAGCCCCGCCGAGCCGAGCCGAACCCCUCCGGGCCGAGCCGAACCCCUCCGGGCCGAGCCGAAUCCAGCCGAACCCCGUGCCGGGGGUUUUGGCCAUGACGGAGGCGGCGGGGCUGGUGCCCAAGCGCAUCCUGGUGACGGGUGGCACCGGCUUGGUGGGGAAAGCCAUCGAGAAGGUGGUGGCUGAUGGAGAGGGGCGGCCGGAUGAGGAGUGGAUCUUCGUGUCCUCCAGAGACGCCGACUUGACGAAUGCCGCGGAGACCAAAGCCCUGUUCGAGCAGCACAAGCCCACCCACGUCAUCCAUCUGGCCGCCAUGGUUGGGGGCCUCUUCAAAAACAUCCGCUACAACCUGGAUUUUUGGAGGAGAAACAUCCAUAUCAACGACAACGUCCUACACUCGGCCUACGAGACGGGAGUGCAGAAGGUGGUCUCCUGCCUCUCCACCUGCAUCUUCCCAGACAAGACGACGUACCCCAUCGACGAGACUAUGAUUCACAACGGGCCACCUCACAGCUCCAAUUUUGGCUACUCCUAUGCCAAGAGGAUGAUCGACAUCCAGAAUAGGGGCUACUUCGAGCAGCACGGCUGCCGCUUCACCGCCGUCAUCCCCACCAAUGUCUUCGGGCCACACGACAACUUCAACAUCGAGGAUGGCCACGUCUUGCCAGGGCUCAUCCACAAGGUCUACCUGGCCAAACAGACUGGCUCCGCUCUGACUGUCUGGGGCACGGGCAAGCCCAGGAGACAGUUCAUCUACUCCCUGGGUUGGGUCCCCUUGCGAUGGGAGGGCUGGGGGACAGCAGCCACCCCCCAAGAGCCAUCUGCCCCUCCGCAGGACCUGGCCCGGCUCUUCCUUUGGGUCCUGCGGGAAUAUGAUGAGGUGGAGCCCAUCAUUUUGUCAGUGGGAGAAGAAGAUGAAGUCUCCAUCAGAGAGGCAGCAGAGGCAAUCGUAGAAGCCAUGGAUUUCAGGGGAGAGCUUCUUUUUGACACCACCAAAGCAGAUGGGCAGUUCAAGAAGACGGCCAGCAAUGCCAAGCUACGGCGCUACCUGCCCGGCUUCCAGUUCACACCCUUCAGGCAAGCCGUGAAGGAGACCUGCACCUGGUUCAGCACCAACUAUGCCAACGCCAGGAAAUGAUGGGCCAACGCGACACCGGGACCGGCAUCACCUGGCACCGGCAUCAUCCUCUUCAACUCAGGGUUGUCCUUUGGUGGGGCAGAAGAACGGGGCUUGGGGGUGCGGGGGGGGUUGUGACAGUGACAUUUCCAAAGUAAAAGGGGGUCAGAGCCCAGCGAGCAGACCCCAUGUUCCUGCCCACUGCUGGGAGCGGUGCAGGACACCCAAGGCAGGGGGGAGGAAGGUCGGGGCACCCCAAAAUCACUGGGACCCCAGACCAGGUGGUAGCAGCCAACUGGAGCCACCACCACUUCCUUGGCCAUGUCCAAGAGGCUAAUUACCUGUAAUUAGGCUGUAAUAAAGGGAAGGCUAUCAGGGUUCCUCUGGCA